GGCGGAAGGGGCUUGAACUGUGGACAGUUAAAUCGUGUGGUAAUAUUGCUACAGCCACCAGUAUGUCUUUUCGUGCUGUUUCCAAAGAGGCCCUGGUUGGUUCCUUCACACUGGGAGUUGUAUUUGUCGCCGGUUAUUUUUUCGGAAAAAAGAAAUCUCCCAGAAUGAUCUCCAAAAGCCACCUUGGGGGCAAAACUGACCCCCUGAUGCAAUAUGUCCUCAAUCACUCCAUGAGGGAGCAUCCGGUUCUGACAAAGCUGAGGCUGAAAACAAUGGAAGACCCCAUGAACAUUAUGAUGGUUGCGUGUGAGCAGUCGCAGCUCAUGGCCAAUCUGGCAAAACUGAUUCAAACCAAGAAAGCGCUGGAGAUUGGAGUCUACACAGGAUACAAUACACUGAACAUUGCACUGGCUCUGCCUGACGAUGGCGUUUUGGUGGCAUGUGAUAUCAGUGAAACCUACACCAACAUUGGCAAACCCUUCUGGAAAGAGGCUGAAGUCGAUAAAAAAAUUGAUCUACGCAUCCAGCCGGCACUGAAAACACUGGACGAGCUCUUGACUGCUGGCCAGGCUGAAACAUUUGACUUUGUCUUCAUUGACGCAGAUAAAGUUAACUAUGACAACUACUUUGAAAGGUCUUUGCAACUCCUGAGGAAAGGGGGCAUCAUUGCUAUUGACAAUGUGCUGUGGAGUGGGAAGGUGAUAAAUCCAUCCCCGGAUGAUGCAGACACUGUGGCCAUUGACAAACUGAACAAGAAGUUGCACAAAGAUACUCGAAUCAGCCUGAGCAUGCUCACAGUGGGAGACGGUGUCACGCUGGCUAUCAAGCUAUAGGUCACCUAUCCAAUAAGAGCCAUCAUUUUAAGGGGAAAUUGUAGAGUUCCAUUUUUGUUUUUGUAAUUCUAUUGCCAGUUUUACUACAAAAUCUGUAAUACCUCAAUUAAAAUCCAUUUUACACCUACAAAUGCCACUUUUGAAAAAAUUAAAUAAAAUGAUUUUUAUUAUAAAGUAGAAAAACUGAAUAUA